AUGAACAAUGUCGUUUUUCUUUGUUUUUUGGCCGGAAUCGCCGUCGCACAGCCCGAACACAGACAUGAUGAGGCCGAGGAGGUCGCCAGAGACAUCUUCUCAAUCCUGGACAAGUACGGCGUCAUCACUGUCAGGUAAUUCUUUUGAUUGAUGUCUAGUGUAAUAUAAUUUUUUUGUUGAAAACCUCUAUUUUUUGUGGGAAAUGGAGAAUACGACAUUUACGAUGAGGUUCGAACUUUUCUCUUGAUUUCAACCGGAAAAUUGGCUUGUGAAUGCCGUUUUUCAUGUUACAUAUGAUGUCGCCUAUAAUAAUAUAUUUUAUUGAUGAAAUUCAUGUAGUUUUUGAGUUAAAAAUAACAUUUAGGUAUUGGAAAAGGCCUUAUGAGUUGUCCUAGAGGCUAUUCUUUUCGUAUUCUAUCCAUGCGUCAUUGGUUUUUUAGAUUAUUCAUAGCCGUCUAGUACAACAUUGUUUUCGCAAGUUUUUUGUGUGAUGGGUUUGCUAAAACGUUGCUUUGUUUUAGUAAAACAUUUUUUGUGGGCUUACGGUCAAGUGCGAUUAGUGUUUUACCUAAAAAAUUCGAAUUUUUAUCUUGUCCAUGAGUGUAAUAUUUUUUUGAUGUUUGAUUAAAAAUUUCGGCGAAUUUUUGUAUGAAUUUGUAGCUGAAAUGUCCAAAAAAGUACUUCUUACCAUUUGGAAGCUGGUCUAGCGAUUUUUCUUCCUAAAAAAUCACAAUUUUUAUCUUAUCCAUGCCCUCAUUUCAGAGAAUCCGCAGUGACAUGCCCUUACCUGGUUGCCCCGAUGUCCCAAUGCCCUCCACCCAGCAUCCUCCAUUACUACACUUGCUGCGGCCCCUUGAACGCUGAUUGUUGCCAGAAUGUGCAGGGAUAUGUGGUUUUGGCGUCGGUGAUCUUCAUCGUCUCUUCGCUGAUUUGCUGCCUCUGUUGCUGUUGCUCCUGCAUCUCAUGUUGUUGCUCACCCCGUCGGCACAACCGCUAUUCGCAGCAUUAUUGA